GCCAUGGAUCUGUGUGUGACCAUCAAAGGGGUCUCCUUCCUCUUGCAAACAGGUAUGGGCAUCUUGGGCAACGCUGUGGUACUGCUGGCGUAUGCCCAUAUCAUUUGCACCGAACCCAAGAUCCUUCCCGUGGACAUGAUCCUGUGCCACCUGGCCUUCGCCAACCUGAUGCUGCUACUGACCCGCUGUGUCCCCCAGACCAUGACUGUGUUUGGGCUGACAGAUCUACUGAAUGAUCCUGGCUGUAAGGUGGUAAUCUACGCCUACCGCAUUGGCCGGGCUUUGUCCGUCUGCAUCACCUGCAUGCUCAGUGUGUUUCAGGCUGUGACCAUCGCCCCCGCCGGGCCCCGUUUGUCAAGGCUGAAACCAGCUCUCCCCUCCCUUGUCCUGCCCACCUUUGCAGGACUGUGGCUCCUCAACAUGGCCAUAUGCAUCGCAGCCCCUUUCUUCUCCAUGGCUCCACGCAAUGGCACCGUCCCUGCCUUUACCCUCAACCUGGGCUUCUGUCAUGUGGAUUUCAGAGACAGCCUGUCUUACGUGAUUAAUGGGGUGGCUGUCUCUGGGAGGGAUUUUGCAUUUGUUGCCUUGAUGGUGGCCUCCAGCGGGUACAUACUGCUGCUUCUCCACCGCCACAGCCGCCAGGUGAGAGGGAUCCGUCGGUCUCACGGCGGCGGGGCGGAGACCAGGGCGGCCAAAACCGUGGUGACCCUGGUGGUUCUCUACGUGGUGUUCUUCGGGAUUGAUAACGUGAUCUGGAUCUACAUGCUGACGGUGGCAAAGGUGUCACCAGUGGUGGCUGAUAUGAGGGUGUUCUUCUCGUCCUGCUACGCCUCUCUCAGCCCUUACUUUAUCAUUUCUUCCAACAAGAAGGUCAAGGCGAAGAUUGUGUGUGCAGCAGAGCAAGACCAACUGUCAGCGGACAGUCCAGAGUCGAAUGAGAAAUGACUCUGUGUCUGUCUUGACAGCCUGCUGACUCUUAGAUAAUUUUGAGCAUUUCAGCACAGAUGAAUGUUAAGUUAGCAAAGCAAUUGAAUCUUUAGAACGUAGCACGAGAGAGUACUGGCUUGCUGUGACCUUACAAGGCUUUCUGUUGCGUAUAGGCAGCAUAUUUAAUCAAAAAUCCUAAUUAAAAUUGUAAAUAUACAGUUAUUAUAUGUAUCUGUAUCAAGCAUUUCAAGAAUUAAUUUAUUAUUCAAUUAACUUUGUCCACUGAUGUCCACUUGUUUCAUUUAUGAUAUGAUGCAUAUUUGUGUUUUCAGCCAAAUCUUAAUUCUUAAAUCCGGCUGUCAUUUGUCCAGAGAAGUAAAUGAAAAAUAAUGGGACUUGUAGUGUAUCCACCAUAACUACUGGCAUUUUGGAAAAGGUUUAGUAGAUAAAAAAAUGUGGAGACUGAACUCAGUUUAAAAAAAAAAAAUCCGGCCCCACCUUUUCAUUGCUCACAUGUUUAUUCGACACUGAACCUAGUUUGCUUACAUAACCAUUAUUAUCAUGUCAUAUGUAUUUGUUCAGUCGUUCACUCCUGCUGCGCUCUGAUUGGCUGAAAUAUUAGACGACAACUUCUGGGUCAGUUUUUGUCCUGAGUUUCGCCUGUCAGGCAUCACUUUCCCCUUACCGAUGUAUACUUCUUAUGGAAAACGUAUACUAACAAACGUAUACAUUAACG